AAAUCGGGUCAAAUUAAAAAACGUCUCCCCUUUGCAAUCGAACCCUAGCCUCUCUCAAACAAUUUUUUCUCCUCUCUAGCCACUAGAUUUCCUUCUCCAACGUGGUUUCCGGCAGCCGGCGUUGCCAAUUUUAGAGAAAGGACGAUGGGAAGUGCAAAAUCAAAACGAAUUGCUCUUUUUUGGCAUAGAUAAACUUUGAGGGCGCAUAAUUAUACUUCCAUUGGAGAUACUUUAAAAUCAGAAUGGAUAACUUACAUCCAGAGAUGAAGGUUAAGAGAAUAGUUUGGAAAAGCAGCAGCAGGGAAAGAUUUGCGAAUGAAGUUAAUGAUGACCAUGAUAGUUCUUCAAGAACAUCUCAGGAUGAUGCGAAAAAGAGCCACUGUUGUGAUCGUUCACCUCUUACUGCAGUCCCUAGGACUCGGGAUUCUGAUGAACUUGAAAAUCAUGAUGCAUCGAUGAACUUCCAAUAUGAUCUGCAGAACCAGCUUCUUUGUGAUCCUCAGACAUCCAUGUUACAAACAAACAAUUCACUGUAUGGACCUUGUAUGAUGCCCCUUCUUCCCAUUCCCAAUAUGCAAGAACGUAGCUCAGAUUUGCGUGUCAUCUUGAAUGGAGCAGCAAAUAGAGGAGGAAUCGGGCCACCCGUAGGAGCUGUAGAUAUUGGUGUUAGCAAGUCAGCAUAUUACUUUUGUGUCGCCCUACCUGGAGUAAAGAAAGAUCCUGGUGAAUUUAGCUGUGAGGUCGAACGCGAUGGAAAUGUUCAUGUGCGAGGGGUGACAACAACUGGUGCAAGAACUGUUUCGAGGAAUUCUCAAGUCUAUGGAAUGAAGUUUCAGCAACAAUGCCCCCCUGGACCCUUUACUCUUUCCUUCAGUCUUCCAGGACCAGUUGAUCCGCGACUUUUUUCUCCCAACUUUAGAUCUGACGGCAUUUUUGAAGGUGUCGUAGUAAAAAGUGAAAGAGACUUUAGUAUGAACAAGUAGGAACAAUCUUGUCCACCAAGAGUAGAGCAAUGGCUUUUGCCCUUUCUUAUUUUGUUCUGUUUUUUGUGCUCAAGCACUUUCUGAAGAGCGAUCCCACAAAGUUCUUUUGAAAAGAAAACACAACGACCUUGUGCAAAGAUUUUAAGCUAUUUUCAUUUUCUGAAUUCUUGUUGACAAUCCUGGAAGAAUACUUUUUUGAAAAUUAAA